AAACACUUUCAUUCCAACUUGCCAAACAAUACCACAAGACCAUGGCUCCCCAAUUUCUCAUCCUGUCCCUUCUCAUCUCAUGCCAAGCCCUCACUUCAACUACCAAAGCCGCCGAAGACACCGGUUUCGUUGGCUCACUAGACCGAGCAACGCUCGGUCUAGAGAAAAAAAACCAAGUUAGUCAUUUCCGAUUCUACUUCCACGAGACCUUCACCGCGAACAACGCUACCAGUGUUCCCGUCGUUCCGGCGUUGCCCAAGUACAACACCACCACCUCCUUCGGGACGGUGGGGGUAAUGGACAACGCCUUGACGACGGGGCCGGAGCGUAGCUCGAAGCUGGUGGGGAGAGUGGAGGGGUUGUAUGCUGCCACCUCGCAGACGGAGUUCAACCUGUUGGUGGUUUUGAACUUCGUGUUGACCGAAGGGAAGUACAAUGGCAGCACCAUCACGAUCUUGGGGAGGAACCGCAUAUCUCAGAAUCUUAGAGAGAUUCCUGUUAUUGGGGGCAGUGGGGUGUUUAGAUUUGCUACGGGGUAUGCUGAAGUUAAUACAGUCUUUCUUGAUCCACAAACUAGGUCUACCAUUGAGUACAACAUUUAUGUUUCACAUUACUGAUGAGGAUCAGUUAGUUGAAUGCGUUUUUGCUUUGAUUUAAUGUGUGGCACACUAUGUUUCAAGUUUCUAUAUAUAUAUGUUCUUCUACGAUUAUGAGAGGAGGUUUAGUAGUAUACCAGGUUUUGCAUUAUUUGUUUUUAAUGUUAUGAAGAUUGCAAUUUGCAAGUAUUGUAAACAAGGUUAAUAAUGAUUGCCCAUGAUGCAUGGGAAAUGAUAUGAAAAACCAGAUUUUUCAAACAUUUUGCCACA